AUGGCUGAAAUUGUCGAUCACGGAUAUAUAUUGUGGAUCUUUUUUACUUGCCUUUGUUGUCCUUUCAGUAUUGCGAAUGGGCAGAUUUCAUAUUCCGUGAUGGAGGAGAGUAAUUCGGGGACUACAGUUGGAAAUUUAGCAAAAGACUUGAAUCUCAAUUUACAAGAAUUGGAACACCGUGGUUUUCAGAUUAUUUCCGGACCGAAUGCAAGGUACUUUUAUUUAAAUGCGAAAGCUGGAGUCCUCCAUGUUAAAGAAAGAAUAGACCGCGAGGAGCUUUGUGGACGCAGUACGAAAUGUACUUUUGAACUGGAGGCUGUUAUUAAUUCGCCUUUAAACAUGUAUCGAUUUGAGGUUACUGUAUUAGAUGCAAAUGAUCACGCACCCAUGUUUCGCUCGUCAAAAACAGAGCUUAAUAUUUCUGAAUCGGCUUCUCUAGGAGACAGGUUUAAUUUGCCGCGUGCAUUUGAUGCGGAUGUGGGCAGUAACUCGAUAAAAAGCUAUAAGCUUAGCCAGAAUGAACACUUCUCUAUUGAUGUACAUAGCGGAGAGCAAAGUAUAUCUUCUGAACUGGUAUUACAAAAAGCACUAGAUAGAGAAAAACUGCCUGUGAUACACCUCAUAGUGAGUGCUGUGGACGGAGGAAAACCUCCCAGAUCGGGUACAUUAAAUCUAAAAGUAAAUGUCAUUGAUGUGAAUGACAACACUCCCAUUUGUGGAAAAUCGCUGUACAAAGCUCAAAUUCCAGAAGAUUCGCUGUCUGGUACAGUUGUUGUUACAGUUACCGCCAAUGAUGCAGAUGAAGGACUUAACAAGGAAAUCGUUUAUUCAUUCGAAAAUAAUGAUAAUGACGGAAUAAUUGAUUUAUUCGAUAUCAAUUCUGAAAGCGGUGAAAUAACAGUGAAAGGAAAGCUGGAUCACGAACAAAACAAUGCAGUGGAAAUUCGAGUCCAGGCAAAAGAUAGAGGAAUAACUCCGAGGUCAGCGUUUUGUAAAAUCCUAGUUGAAAUUAUAGAUGUUAAUGACAAUGCUCCAGAAAUAAUGGUAACAUCACUAGUUAACGUUCUUAAAGAAGAUGUGCCAGAUGGGACAAUGGUCGGCUUAAUAGCGGUAAAAGAUAAAGAUUCCGGUAAAAAUGGUGUCACAUCUCUAAAUUUAAAAGGUUUUAUACCAUUUGCUCUGCAGAACACGUAUAAAAAUAGAUAUUCCUUGAAUGUAAAGGGACAUCUAGACAGAGAGAGUGUUUCUCAAUAUAAUAUAACGCUCACAGCAACUGAUGAAGGAACUCCACCUCUCUCUAGCACCAUUGUCAUUACCGUACACAUUUCAGAUGUGAAUGACAACGCGCCACGAUUUUCAGACACAGUCAUUAAUGUGUAUGUCAACGAGAACAGUAAGGUUGGUUAUGUAAUUUAUACAGCAUCUGCUUUUGAUCCUGAUGUUGGUGAUAAUGCUAAAAUAUCGUAUUUAUUGCUAGAAAACAAUAAAAAUAGUUAUUUAACAUCAAUGAUUAACAUAAACUCUGAUAGUGGAGAUAUUCAUAGUUUGCAGUCAUUUAAUCAUGAAGAAUUAAAAACAUUUCAGUUUAAAGUUCAAGCCACAGACUCUGGUGUUCCUCCACUGAGCAGUAAUGUCACUGUAAAUGUUUUUAUAUUGGAUGAGAAUGACAACAGUCCCGGGAUUCUUGCUCCCUAUUCUGACCAUGGCUCUGUUCACACUGAAAACAUUCCCUACUCUGCUGAAGCAGGCUACUUUGUGGCCAAGAUCAGAGCUGUAGAUUUGGAUUCUGGAUAUAAUGCACUGCUUUCUUAUCACAUCUCUGAACCUAAAGGAAACAACCUUUUUCGAAUUGGAACCAGCAGCGGAGAGAUCAGGACUAAGAGGAGAAUGAGUGACAAUGAUCUGAAAACUCACCCACUGGUCAUUUUGGUUUCUGAUAAUGGAGAGCCCUCACUCUCAGCCACUGUGUCUGUUGAUGUUGUGGUUGUUGAAAGCAUAAUUGACAUAAAGACUCAGUUCAAUCAUGCACCAGUAAGGGAGGACAGUUUCUCAGAUUUAAACAUGUAUUUGCUGAUUGCCAUUGUGUCAGUUUCAGUGAUAUUUUUACUGAGUCUAAUCAGUUUAAUAGCUGUAAAAUGCUGCAGGACAGACAGUAAUUUCAGCAGAUACAGCGCCCCAGUGAUCACUACACACCCUGAUGGAAGCUGGUCUUACUCCAAAGCUACUCAGCAGUAUGACAUGUGUUUUAGUUCUGACACACUAAAGAGUGAUGUUGUGGUUUUUCCUGCACCAUUUCCACCUGCAGAUGUCGAAUUGAUCAGUAUUAAUGAAGGAGACACUUUAAACAAAACACAGACACUCCCUAAUAAAGAGAAGGUAAGAUCUUUAAUGGUGGUAUUUUUUUUAUACUUAAAUUACAGAUAA